UUGUUAAAAUUGCAAAAGGGGUCAAUAUAAUUGUCCAGUUCCCAUCUUCAGAUUCUUUCUAGGGUUUGAAGGGUUUUCGCAAUCUACAAUCUUCUUCAUCCUCGAUCUGCUUAUUCCUUUUCAACAAACUCACCCUUCUCCAAUGGCGCCUCCUCCAGGACCCUACUCCGGAACCAGCACCCUUGCUUUGGUGGCUCGUGCUUCUGCUUUCUCAAUCGGCCUCGUUUAUGGAAGCCUCAAACUCAAGUACCUACAGGUACUUCAUUAUAUGCUCUUCUCUAUCCCCUCAAUGUCUCAUUUUACGCAUCCAAUUCUCGCAGAAUUAAACUACGAAUCACGAUCUCACAGUAUAGAGUAAAGUAAUACAUAAAUUGGAAUCAUAAUGGGUAGAAUCCAAGGUUACGAAAGUUUGUCCUUUUGAGGGGAAUACAUGUUUGAUAGCUAAAUUUCUGGUGAAGAAUUGGGGCUGGUGUAUGUAUACCUUGUAUUAGAGUUCAUUGGUUAUUAUAUAUCUCGAUCUCGCAGAGAAAGCUAGGAGUCAAAUACGUAUAGAUUUUCAAGCAUUUUUCAUGAUGCCAUCAUAUUAUCGUAAGGGAAAUCUGAAAUUCAACUUAAGAUGAGAUAGUUUAUCCUAAAGCAACCAAUUCACACCCAUUAUAGGUAAUUAUUAUAUCUCUGGUGCACUUAAUGCUUAGAUGUUUUUGUGUGAGAUGAUGAUUCAUUGUUGUUGGAAUCAUGGGUGCUUAGGAAGGAUAAGUAAAGAUUUUAGUGCAAAAGGAAGAUGCCUGUAACAUAUUAACAGUAUAGACACAGUUAUAUGACAUACCAAGUUAUAUGUCCUUUUUAGGUGAUCAAAAUGUAAAUCUAUUUUAUUAGUGAAUAUUACUAUUUACUGAUGUAUGGGGUGAGGUUGGUGGCAUAUGCUGAACUUUCAUGUAACAUAGGCAAUAUGCCCAUUUUGCUAAUUUUUGUAUAGAUUUGAGUUUUUGAGUGUUAAGUGUGUUUUUGCUUUUUGUAAAAUGUUGUCACCCUUGGUUGAUGCUCUAACUAAUGGGGAGUUAAUAGCCUUUGGCUGUCUGCUUGACAAGUCAAUAUUUGCAAGUUCUGAUUUCGAAUAUGGUAACUAAAAAGUUCUAUGUAGCAUUAUUUUCCAUCAUUACAAUUUUUAUGAAUGUUUCUGCAAAUUUUAACAAUCAUGAAAAUGUUUGUCCUUCUCUUUCUCUACCUGCAGGCAAAGGCCAAGUCUCAUAAGAAAGCAGAAGCAAAGGCUCAUCACUAGAAUAAAUUAAAUAGGGAGUGAGACAUUGCAUUUUGUUGGGCAUGGAAAUAAUGCGUAAUAAAAAUUGACAGAUAUUUGUCUUUUCUUGAUAUUUUUGUUGCCUAUGAAGAACAACUUUGCUCAUACUUCUGUGGUUUUUCCGAGAGUAAUUCAUUCAGUACUUGAAAUACAUUUCCAAGUUUUUGGCCUUCAUCAAUGAAAUAGGCACACUUGUGUUGAUUCA